AAUAGAUCGUCGUAGUUGUUGUGGUGUAAUGUUCACGUUACGUCACGAGCAAAAAUGAACCGUUCAGUUCGGCUGUAAUGCAAUGCACCUGACUAGAAAGUGAAAGUGAACGACUGAAGCUCAGCACAUUAUUCUUUUUUUUUUUUUUUAAUUGUUGAGUGAUUUUAACGCGCGAUCUAGGAACAAGACUGACCCGAAAUGUGAAGUUUUUCACGCGCAUUUCCAAACGCUUCACUUAAAAUUAGUUGAACAUGUGAAAUAAUUUUUGGAUUAACUCUUGUGUUCUUAUUGUUGUACCGCUCAAUCGUCGAUAGGUAAUUAAUAUUCAAUUACUGAGUGACUGAAAACAGGAAACGGUUUUUAUGGUGCGUUAGCUUUCGUGCAAUAAGUUAGUACCGUCGGGUACUAGAAAUGGUUACACUUAUGCCGUGCAAUUAUCUGAACUCUCAAACAAGAUGUACUAUAAUCGACAAAAUGUGCGAACCAAAGGUGAAAAGGGUUCGAACAGAUGCCAGCUACAGUCCAGUUGAAAAAGAUCGACGCAGUAUUCCAGUGGAAGAUCAUCUGGCAGUAUCAUUAAGAUUGUCGGCUUCAAACAACAACGGUUGCAGUCCUCACAGCAGUAGCAGUCACUCAUCUAGUUCUUGCGAUUCACCAGCACCAGUACCACCGGCUGCAGCGGCAUCCGCAGCAACGACUUUGGCCACACAUGCCGACGAUCCAUCGGCGUCAAUGGUUUCAACCUGCGUCACCUCCUCACACCAUCUACAUCUACCCAGCUCGUGGGCGUUGCUUACCGAACCAGCCGAGGUAAAAACGGAAGUAAAAAGUCCAGGGUUGGUAGAUGGAGAUGUGAUAGCAUUUUCUCAAGAAACAAGCUCAAUUUACAGCUCACCAGUCGAUAUAGGUUCAGUUUACGAUAAAGAUUAUCCACAAACUUAUAGUACCGCACAUCAAUAUUACAACAGUAUGCAACAAGCGUAUGCAGCAGCUCCACCACCAUCGGCUCCGGUGGCCGCGGCAGCCUCCUACAUGAAUUCUGCGGCUUCCUCGUUCUACAACACUUCCUCGUAUCCUUAUUCCUCGCUUAGUUCGGCCCGCGCCCUCAAUCAAGCGUGCAAGGGUACGCCUCCCAGCUAUCUGUCCUCGCCGUAUUCUUCGACUGCCACGCCGUUUCAGUCUGCCACCGCGGCCGCUGGACAUUCACAAUCAACCCAUCAAUACACGUCGACAUACGCCGGUUACAAUGCCGCAGGAGCGUCCUUUGCACAAGGAUUUCCCACGCAGGCAAUAGAUUACGGAUCCUACGGCUCAGCUUUUUCGGAUACCCAAACGUACGCUUCUGCUAGUUAUUAUAGCCCUCAAAGCUAUUCUCCUUUUGUAAGUUCGCCCGGAUCCUCGACCAGUAUAGCCGCUGCAAGCUAUCAGCUGUCCACUUCUGCAUUACCAGAAAAUUCUACAAAUGGUGUUUGUCUUGUGGAUGGACCUUUAUCACCAUUAAGAGUGGAUGGCUCAAGAAGAUCCAGAGAUUCAUCAAACACUACAAAUUCUGAAACCAGAGGUUCAAGAGGUAGGGGUAGAAGAACAAAUACAGUCUCACCUUCAAAGGCAGAAUCAUCUAUUGAUAGAGUUUUCAUUUGGGACCUAGAUGAAACAAUUAUUAUAUUUCACAGUUUAUUAACUGGUACAUAUGCAUCAAAAUAUCAGAAAGAUGCACAAAGUGUCUUGCAACUUGGAUAUCGGAUGGAAGAAAUGGUCUUUAACUUAGCAGAUACACAUUUCUUUUUUAAUGAUGUUGAGGAUUGUGAUCAAGUACAUAUAGAUGAUGUUUCAUCUGAUGAUAAUGGGCAGGAUUUAAGUAAUUACAACUUCUCUACUGAUGGAUUCCAUUCUACUACAGGUAGUGGCAAUAUAUGUUUAGGAACUGGUGUUCGUGGUGGUGUGGAUUGGAUGAGAAAAUUAGCAUUCAGAUACAGGAAAAUUAAAGAAACUUAUAAUAACUAUAGAAACAGUGUUGGUGGUUUACUUGGACCUACAAAAAGAGAACAAUGGCUCCAAUUAAGGGCAGAAAUAGAGUCUGUCACAGACAACUGGUUGACAUUAGCUAAUAAAUGCUUGACUCUUAUAAAUUCCCGAAGUAAAAACGUAAAUGUCCUAGUCACAACUACUCAGCUAGUUCCAGCUUUAGCCAAAGUACUGCUUUUUGGUUUGGGAGGUGUGUUUUCAAUUGAAGAUAUUUAUUCUGCCACCAAAAUAGGGAAGGAAAGUUGCUUUCAGCGGAUAGUGGCAAGAUUUGGUCGAACCUGUACAUAUGUAGUGAUAGGUGAUGGUCAAGAUGAAGAGGCAGCUGCAAAAGCUUUAAACUUCCCAUUUUGGAGGAUAACAAGUCACAGUGAGAUAGCAGCUUUGUAUAACGCUCUGGACAUGGAUUUUUUAUGAUUCUCUGUAAACUACAUGUAAACAGUGUAUACCUAUAAAUAUUUUACUAUUUGUGUUAUUACCGCGUCACUGAGUAUGCAUUUUAUUCUUAUUAUUAGGUUUUAUCACUGUACAUAUUCGUAAAUAAAUACAUUAAUAAAUGUA